UCAUUACGUUGUGAUGCGUUGGGGGGGGGUGCCAGCCGCGCCGCUCCGACGUUACAUUCGCUCUGCUACAAUUUGCUGCAGUGUCGCCGUGCUGUUGCAUUCGACAACAUUGUAUCCCGGCGGAGGGGGCAAGAGGAAAGCCGAUUCUUUCCCUUCCACAAAACAAAAUACAACCCUGGUGGGAAAAGAAGAAAAGCAGAAGGAAGCAAGCAAGCAAGGAACAAAGAAAGAAAGAAAGAAAGAACGAAAGAAAGAAAGAAAGAAAGAGAGAAAGAGAGGCGUUGAGCAACGCGCAGGGAUGUUUCACUCCUAAACCCAGCUCUCACCAACGUCGCCUCCUGAAGAGCCGGAGCUGUACAAUGUAUCGUGACUGCAUUAUGAAAGAUAACAAAUAAACCCUUCCGCGGUUUGAACUCACUUAUAUACACACACGCACAUAUAGACACACACGCGGAAAGAAAAAGGAGGAAAACGUGCAGGAAAGUAGCGGCGGAAACGGUCUCUCUUGGCUUUGUUUUACACUGAAGACUGAAACGCGAACACGCAGCAAUUUUCUUUUUUUUUUUGUCGCCGGUUGGAUUUUUUCCAAAGGAGGGUGCUUUUCAAUUUUUCUUUAAAAGAAAGAAACACAACAAUUGGGGGAAGAUCUACGCGUCCAGGCGGCGAAGGGGGCUAUGUAUCCGCAAGCUAGACAGUCGGCUCCAUCACAGUCAGCACAACAGUUGAAAUUUACUACCUCGGACUCCUGUGAUCGAAUCAAGGAUGAGUUUCAGUUUCUGCAAGCCCAGUAUCACAGCCUCAAGUUGGAAUGUGACAAACUGGCCAGUGAAAAGACAGAGAUGCAGCGUCAUUAUGUUAUGUAUUACGAAAUGUCUUAUGGUUUGAAUAUCGAAAUGCACAAACAGGCUGAAAUUGUCAAAAGAUUGAAUGGAAUCUGUGCUCAAGUCAUCCCUUUCUUAUCUCAGGAGCAUCAGCAGCAGGUGGUUCAAGCUAUCGAGCGUGCAAAGCAGGUGACUGCCCCAGAGCUCAACACCGUCAUCAGGGUAGCAGCUUCAGGCACAGCAACUGUCUCACCUCCAUGGACUCACUGUGCCACUCACUCCACUGCCAGCUGGUCUGCAACCUCCUGUCAUUCCCUCAGUCAGUGCCAGUGCAGGGUUACUGGCAUUAUCCAGCGCCCUGGGCUCCCAGAUCCACCUCGCUACGAAAGAUGACAAGAACCAUCAUGACAACGAUCACCAGAGAGAUGAGGGCGUGCAGAAACCCGAUUAGAAACUCUGGAGGGAUCGCUCGACACAACAUCCUUAAAAUGAUCUUUUGGUGUUUGUUUUAAUGCCUGUAUAUAUCUCGGAGGUGGCAAUUUUGUGCUGUGUAUGUUAUUAUUUAGGGGAACAAAACUUAUUUUAAAGCUCCAGUAUAUUAUAAAAAGCAACUUUGUUUUAGCAUGAACAAAGCAGGAAUAUACACUAAGUUUGAAGUUGCCUCGGGCGAGGCCUUAACUUAUUGGCUUGUCCACUUCACGGACAUUCUCGUGUUCAACGUUUCCAAGGUCAAAGCUUCUGAUUCAGCCAGUCCAUUGAAGUCGCGCUUUGCAGGAAUUUGCCUUUCCUAUUAGUCGCCCCCAAAAUUGGGUUGUCCAGUGGUUAACUUUGUCGAACGACUCGUAACGUUCGACUCUCUCCACUCUCAGAAACCAAAGCAAAUUUGUGGCCCGUGCUCAUGAAGUCCAAUCUUCCAUGAACUGUCAACACAUUCCAAUGUUGCAACGUGCAAAUGUGGCUUCAAUAAGACAAGUUGCCUUGAACAAAAUCUCUUCUUUUCAUCUGGUAGAAAGGUUUAUAACGAUCUUGCUGCUUUGUGGGCGUUCUUCCUCAUCGGAUCUUGACCUCUUUGGUCAACAGUCACGGCAUUGGCGCCAAAAAAGCGAGAGUUUGCAAGCUAGGAAUUUAAUUAUCCGUUAAGUUGACGACGAUAACUCUUUAAAUUACUUAAUCAGCAUUUUUUUUAAAUGAAUUGAAUAGAAAUAUGCUGCCAUUUCAUUCAGUUUAUGCCAAAAUGCUCAAAAUCUAGCAGAAUUCUGUGGUGAAUGUGCUUGCUUUGUUUGGCCUGGGUCUGGUUGGGUGGGGAUUUAAAUGGUGGCAACUCGACUAUAACAAAAUGGCCGCCUCUCUAACGGAGCCUUGAGGAACCCGUAAAUCUUUGCGCGUGGAAUCGGUGGCCAGGUAGUCAAGUUGUUCAUAAAGGCACUUUGUUGAGAAGUGAAGUGGAGUGGUGGAAUGGGAUCUUGUUGAUCAACCGCUCUCUGGAAGUUGAUCUAAAUCUUGUCAACAGCUGUGGCUAUCCCCGUGGUUUCCUGCGUCAAAGUUGUCCUCUGGAUGUCUGUUUGAAGUUUGUGGUGAUAGGAGGGGAGAUGUGUGUGGUGAGUGAACAGUGACAGUGGACUUUUCGAAAUCCUUGAAUAGUUCAGUCAUGUCCAGACUUCCCUUGCCCCUUUUUCUUACUCUCAGCUCAAGCCAAGAAAGGAUUGAACUGCCUCCUAUUAUCCAAACUCCAUGGGAUUAGUUUUGCCAAGGCACAAAGCAAGUCAUUGGUUCCAAGCCAUUUCUUGCUGUUUCAUGAGGUCUUUGCCAUGGAGAAGAUUGGUGACAAAGUGGCCCGUAAUUUAUGUUGGUUUUAGCCCCAAAUUCCAAUAAAUUUACCAAUCGGGCUUUUAAAAUUAACUCGUGCUCACCUUCUGCCAUCCGCGGCGCAGUGGAGGAGUUGCUGCCUUACAGCACCAGUGACCCGGGUUCGAUCCUGACUGCAGUUGGUCUCUGUACAGGGUUUGUACGUCCUCCCCGUGACCGCGACCCUUUUUCCUAGUGCGUCGGUUUCCUCCCACAUUCCAUAGGCGUGCAGGUUUGUAGGUUAAUUGGCUUCUGUAAAUUGUCCCUGGGGUGUUGGAUAGAACGAGGGCUCUGGCUGAAGGGCCUGUUUACGCGCUGUAUCUCUAAACGAAGCGCCCGAGGCAGAGAGAGUGAAAAUUAACCCCGUACUUUAAGUUGACGACAUAGAGCAUGAAUCCAUGAAGUGAGCGGAUGGCCAAAGAUCAGAUGAGUUUCGAGGCUCACCUUAAGGGUGAACUGUGGCAAAGGAUCACUGGGUCAAGAUUAGUUUACCACCCAUGCUUUUGUAAAUUCAUGCUUUGGUGGGGAGAUGUGGAGGAAGGUUUGGCCACACAUUGGGCAGGUCACAUUAACAUUAACCUCUACAAUCACCAGUUCCCAUAACUACAUCCCAUACAUCUAUUUUCCACAUCCCACGUGCAUUAAACUCUCAGAAUCUGCCCCUUCCCCAUAAAUCAAGUCUCCCAACACAGAGACAUCAAAGUGUCUUUGGUAACCUGGAACCCUUGAAUCUUAUUUUACUUAACACUCCCCUCCCUUUCCGUACAGGCUCCUUGUGAAUCUUGGAAACAAACAGCCCAGCAGUUGCUAUUAAAUGAAAUCUCCCACACUCACAUUGGGUUUUUAAGUUGACUCUUUUUGUCAUGCAUUUGUGUUUGGUGUGGCCUCUAUUAGAGUAAAUAUGGUAUAUUUUGUUCUUUGUCUAUAUAUUCUGGUUACUGAGAGCCUAUUAUUGUACACGUCACUUUUAAAUGGAUUAGCUGGAUCGGGGUUGUUUUGGAAGCCAUGAAUUGGAUCCCAGUGCAUUUGACUUGGACACCAUUGGAGUUAUGUGCGCUGUUGAUGGAUUUCCAAAUUAGAAAUGUAUUGAAAUAUAAGUGUUGAACUACACUGUGUAUAUACCACAGCUUUAAAUGCUAGAUCACUGAGAAUUCCUUCAGUCCUUUUAUUUGCUUAUGAUUUAAACCAGCUCCUAGCUACUGCUGCUAGUUGGCUUUCAGCCACCUCUCCCUCUUCCUCUGCUGUGCCAGAUACAUUUAUUCAUUUAAACCUGGCUUCAGUCCCUCCACUUGCAGCCCAAUACAUACUUAGCAGAAAAUGGUCCAAAGAUGGUAACUUUCUCCAGCGCAUAUGUUAAGCAUUCAGUCAUUAAAAUGACUUUCUUUUUGGAGUAAAAUUAAAAGUAAAAUUGAUCCCUAAUGGGAAGUUUAAAAAGUAUAUCAUUGUAUCAGUUUGUGACGGGGGUGGGUGGGGGCAGUUAGACUGUCUUGUCUGUAAUGUUGAGUUAAAGCCAUUUUUGCUUUGCAAAGAACCGUGAACUUGCAGAAUCAAGGAACUGCAGAUGCUGGCGUACAAGAAAAAAAGGUACAAUGUGCUGGAGAAACUCAGCAGGUCAAGCAUCAUCCCUGAAGAACAUGGGUGGACGAUGUUUUGGUUCAACAUCCCGAAGAAGGGCCUGGACCCGAAACAUCACCUAUCCACCUUCUCCAGAGAUGCUGCCUGACCCGCUAAGUUUCUCCAGCACUCUGUGUCUGGAAGCUUGUUGCAGGCAGAUUUCAGAGUGGAUAGCUGAACACGUUAAAGUGAGUGAACGGCUUCACCAGUGUGAUGUGUUACCUGGCGCCGUUUUUGCCGGUUGUCUGUUUCUCAAGCGCAAGCACGUUUUGCCGUUGCUGGUGGACGUUCGCGACACAUCAGCUCAACCCAGCAAACCCAUCUUAUCGAAACUCCCAGAUCUUUUGUGCAGAAGUCCUGGUGUCUCCGACAAGCUCUGCUAUUCACUUCACACGAUGUGCACUUCGAUUGUGCAUGAGUUGCGAAAGCAAUGGUUGUAGUAUUCACGUAGAGACAAAGAACUGUAGACACUGGUUAUUGCACAAAAUGCUGGAAUAACUCAGUCGGUCAGGCAGCAGCUCUGGAGAACAUGGUGACGUUUCGGGUCGAGACUUUUCCUCAGACGUGUGAAACGUCGCCUAUCCAUGUUCUCCAGACCCGCCGAGUUACGCCAGCACUUUGUGUCUUGUUGUAUUCACUGAACCUUGAGCCACUGGUCAGCUUUUCUUUGAGUAAAAUGCCAUUGAACCUCAGCUGAGCUGAGUGGAGUACAGUUAAAGGGAGUGUAGGAGCACCCUUGUAUAUUGAGGCAUUUUUGCGAGUAUUCUGAAUCAUCUUGAGCCCCGGUCCGCGUUCACUUAUUGAGGCUACAGUUGUUCGUCACCGAUUCUAGUAAAACUGGAAUCAGUGGUGUAGUUGAGUUUUAUCACCUGUGUGAAACUUCUCCCUUGCCCAUUAUUUUGAUCAUUGAUUUACCUUGCACCUGGGUAAGCUUCAUUCUGUAUGAGUGAAGCAUGCAUUGAAAUUGGUGCUCUUGAGUUACCUGAAGACGGCACAGUGGCGCAGUGGUGGAGUUGUUGCCUUACAGUGCCAGAGACCCGGGUUCGAUCCCGACUACGGAGUUUGUUCGUUCUCCCCGUGACCGCAUGGGUUUUCUCCAUGAUCUUCUGUUUCCUCCCAGUCUCCAAAGACAGACGGGUUUGUAGAUGAAUUGGCUUGGUAUAAAUGUAAAAUGUCCCUAGUGCGUGUAGGAUAAUGUGCAGGGAUCUCUGGUCGAUGCGGGCGCGGCAGGCCGAAGGGCCCGUUUCCGCGCUGUGUCUCCAAUAUAAAACUAAGUCCUGGUUUGGUGUUUGAGCACACUGUCCCGCACCCUAAUGGCAUCACCUCCCACUUGAACAUUGCACAGGGAGGAGGUUCACACAGGAGGAGAAUUUGCUUUGAUGACUGGCAUAGUUUGGCAUCCAUGCACUCAAAGUUUAAAUGGAGAGAAGCAAGUUGCAAGGCGAAUUCCUUUGCCAGUGAGGCUUGCUUUCUGCUUUCAACAUAGAAUUAAGCACUAGUUCACCCAAAAAUGUCCUCUUUUGUUCCUCUUUGCUUUUUCACCUAAACAUGAAACUUUUUCGGCACUCUUGUUUAAAACAGAAAUGAUCUUGUAGCUUUUUGGCAAGCACUGCUUAUCUUGCAUUUGAUAUUUUAAUAAUAAAAAAAAUAGCGGCAGGGUGCCAGUGAAAGAAAAGAUGCUGUGCAGCUGGCAUUAAUGCAGAAUGCCUUGGAGCUAUUGGAGACAGGACAACUGACUAUCAAGGCCUAUUGAUCUGAUCGUAAGGCAUGUUCUUUCUGGCAGGGUCUCCAUCCAGAAACUUGGGAUGUCCAACUCCAGCUGGAGAUGAGCUCCAUCCAGGUCUCCACACUUGGUCCAGCAUUUUUGAGCAUACUCCAGGUUUUCAAUUGUGUUCAGAAUAAAAACAAUACUGGAAAAUACGCAGUAUCGGUGGAGAGAUUUAAGUGGAGUAAUGUUUCUGCUUGAUGGCUUCCAAUGAGGCUUGGAGUUCAACUAAUAGUCAGUGACACUGCUGUUUCUGACCAUCACGAUUUUCUUGUGUCAGAGAUAGGAGUUUGCGCCUCAAACUGAUGUCCUAAUAAACAAUUUAAAAUUAUUGCAGCUUUAAGAUGAAAUUUACUAAAGAUGUGGUCAUUUAUGGUCACUUUCAUUUAACGUUUUAUUUAAUGAAAUGAACUAUACAUGUAACAUGCACUUCGCUGCCUCUCUCCCGUUUUAAGUCCAAUGUGAUUGUACAAUGGUGCCACGAUCUGCAAUGAGUUGAAAAACAGGUUUGCUUGUACGGGUUGGUAAAACCCAUCCACCUCAGCUCUAUCAGCGCUGUGCUCUCAAAUUAGACAGAGGAAACCAGGUAUUUCUUGCCAUCCAUUGUUAAUCAGCAAUCAACAAAAUUUAAAAAAAAAACUAGUUCUAAAGGGGAAAUUCUGUAUAAUUUUAUUGGGGCAAUCAUGUCACACAGCGACUGUUAGGCCCAUCAAGUACAAAAGUGCUUUGCCAUUCUUAUACCCGCCCUAGUUGCAGGAUGUUCUCUAGAAUUUUAAUGCUGAAUAUUACCGGCCAGAACUUGUACAAAACUCUGCAACAGUAUAGGCAUCAACUACUUAUGUAAACUUUCUGUAAAGUGGAUGCUAUUUAUGAUCAAAUUCCCCUGUAAGGAAAUCUGAGGCGGGGGGAAGCAAACACAGAUCUAAAUUAAUUUUUUUUGGUGGGGGAGGGGCAUCAAUAAUUGUUUUCAGUCCUGUGGGGUGGAUUUGAUCUUUGCAAGAAAUUAAAAAAAAUCUCCGUUUUAUUUUCGUGCUGUCUCAGUCCACAAAGGGUUAAUAUGGCUCACAGCGAUAACCAAUGUUUGAGACCUUCGUGAAUGUGAUUGUACAAUGCAUAACCUCUUUCACAACAAAAAUUAAGUGAAAGGUUAUAAUUAUUGAAGUAAUCCAUCUGAUGCUGUGACUUCAGAGCUUCAAAUCACCUUAAAAAAAAAAAAAAAAAAAAAGUUAAAAAAAAACACUUUGCUUUAAAAAAAAAAUUCCAUUUGUUUCCGCUGGUGCGGCAGAGGCUGUAUACUGCAUUUACACCAGUGUGGUUUGUAUGACUAUGUAUGCAAAUUGUGUUGAAAAAUUAAUGUGGCGGUGUUAAAAUACAUUUAUUAUGUCUUAAAUAAAACAAAAAGUGUAUUAAAUUAGUUCGCUAGUGCUGUAAGGAAAUAUCUAUGGUGCCUUACAAAUAAAAGCAAAUGUGAUUAAAUUAUA